ACGGGAAAUAUUCAACAUUUAGAUUCUUGUCGGACAUAGUCAGUAAUAUAUUUGUUAUUCAUUUAACUGUUUUUGUUGUUUUUAUUAUAAGGCAUUAUAAUGAGAAUGGACUGCGUGGAUUCUCCCAGAGUUCUGCCUCAUUCACCGAGGAGAGCACAAGGACAGAUCCAGGUCAUCUUUGGACCCAUGUUUUCAGGCAAAAGCACUGAACUGAUGCGAAGAGUGCGCCGGUUCCAGAUAGCCCAGUACAAAUGCUUGGUGAUCAAAUAUGCCAAAGACACACGUUAUUCUGACACAGGCGUGGUCACACAUGACAAAUACACAAUGGAAGCUGUACCAGCCAACUGUCUGGGAGACAUACGGCCUCUGGCAUUAGAAGUCUGCGUCAUUGGAAUUGAUGAAGGACAGUUUUUUCCAGACACAGUGGAGUUUUGUGAAGAGAUGGCCAAUUUAGGGAAGACGAUCAUUGUCGCUGCUCUGGAUGGAACCUUCCAGAGAAAGGCAUUUGGAAACAUCCUGAACCUCGUCCCUCUAGCGGAGAGCGUAGUGAAGCUAAACGCCGUCUGCAUGCAGUGUUACAAAGAAGCUGCCUACACCAAGAGGAUAGGAGCAGAGAAGGAGGUGGAGGUGAUCGGUGGAGCUGACAAGUAUCAGGCCGUGUGUAGAAGGUGUUACGGCGGUCUGGUGGUGGACAAAGAGAACAGCGCUCCCCUCAGGAACGAAACUCCACAACAGGUCCUCGCAGGAAAACCCGUGGAGUCCGCGGUUCCCAGGAAGCUUUUCGCUUCUCUCCAGCUCUAAACACAAACAUUUGGUUCUGUUCCAAAUCGCAUUCUUUUUUGUUUUUUUCUUUUUACUUCAGUACGUACUACAGCUGUCCUUACAAAGUACGCACUGUUGCAUGCGGUAUGCAUGCACACAAAUGGGACAUACCAAUUUGUCAUAACAUUGCGCCUUGAACUUUGACCCUCUUGCUCAUAUCCGUUGCGCUUCUGAAGAAAUUUGAAGUAAAAAGAAAAAGUAUAGGAUUUGGAACGCAGCCUAUAUUAAUGUAUUGAUUAACAUUGUACAAACAAAUCACAAAAAUAUGUAAAGUUAGUAGCCUACUUACACUUGAAUGCGCUGGCUGUCAUUGCGGCUUCUGUCAAUUGGCUGUCAGCGGCUGUCAUCUGUCUGCGCUCUCUCUCUUGUUUAUUUUAUAGAUAAGUCACUGGUGACGUAUCUUCCGCUUCGCAGAGGAUUGUGGGUCAGAAUAGCCAGAAAAACAUGCUGGCUUGCAUACUGAAAAAAAUGCAACCGGGUACAGUAAGACAUCCUGGUAUUUUUGGCAUAGUGUAUUUGAAAUACUAUGUAUAAGGACAUACUAAAUCUUUUUCUUUCAUACUAAAUAGUAUGGUUGUAUGGGUAUUCCAACGCACACCAAGACUUGCUGAAGAACUCGAGUGGAGAGUAUAAAUCCAGGAAUCAAAUGUUUUUUAUGUGUGUGUGUGUGUGUGUGUGUGCGAGCAAUGUUGGGAAAAUGGAUUCUUUUAUCUGACAUUAACUUUUAAAUGUUUUUGGAUUGUAGUUUCCUCCUAUUUUACUAUGAAGCUUAUGCUAAAGACCUGGAUUUGAUCAGCCUAAUUGGUAUGUUUUAUGUUUUUACUUGAUAAUAACCCUGAAAAUGAGUAAACCAACUACUAACGCAUUGCC